UUCUUGAGGUGAAGUUUAUAUAAAAUGGGCUAUUUUAACACAAACAAUUCAAUAGCUUUUAGCAGUUUCACAAUAUCGUCCAACCUCUAUCAGUUCCAGAACAUUUUCAUUACUCAAAAGCCUGGUACCCAUGAAGCUGCUUCUCCCCAUUCCUCCCUGCCCACAGCCCCUGGCAAACACCAUUCGGCAUUCUCUCUGCAGAUUCACCUAUUCUGGAUAUUCCACAGAAAUGGAAUCCUACAACAGGUGACUUCUGUGUAUGGCUUCUUUCACCACAUUUUCAAGGUUCAUCUACAUUGCAGCAUGUAUCAGUACUUCAUUUAUUUUUAUUUAUUUUAGAAAUGGGGUUUCUGUUGUCCAGGCUGCAGUGCAGUGGCAUAAUCAUCGCUCAAUGCAGCCUUGAACUCCUGAGCUCUAGAGAUCCUCCUACAUUAUCUUCCCAAAUAGCUAGUACUACAGGUGUGACCCACCACAGCUGGCAAGUUUUUUUUAAAUUUUUUGUAGAGGCUAGGUCUCAUGAUGUUGCCCAGGCUGGUGUGGAACUCCUGGCCUCAAGCAAUCCUCCUGCCUCAGCCUCUCAAAGCACUGGGACUACAGGCAUGAGCCACCACACCUGGCCAGUACUUUAUUUUUCAUGGCUGAGUAAUAUUCCAUUGUAUGGGUAUACCAUAUUUUGUUUAUUCAUUCAUCCAUUGGACAUUUGGAUUGUUUUCAAUUUUUGGCUAUUAUGAACAAUCAUGCACAAAUACUCACUUGGGUACCUAUUUUCGAUUCUUUUGGGUAUCUACCUAGAAGUAGAAUUGCUAGGUCGUAUGGCAGUUCUAUGCUGAAUUUUUUUUGGACUCAUCAAACAGUUUUUUACAGUGACUGGACCAUUUUACAUUCCCAACAGCGAUGCACAAGGGAUCCAAUUUCCCCACAUUCUCACCAACAUUUGUUAUUUUCCAUUUUUUUAUUCUAGGCAUCCUAAGAUUGCAGAACGGCGCCUCAUUGGGGUUUUGAUUUGCACGUCCAGAGGGCAUUCCUGGUAAACAAAGCAGCACAGGCCAUUUUACAAGGCCAUCAUUCCCUAAGAGCCUCGUGUUUGUAAGUGUCAUGCCCUCAGCUCAAAGCUCAGCUCGAGAGCAGGGAGAUCAUACAUCUUACCUUUCCUUUGUGUCAUCAGCUCCGAACACCCAUGGCUUAAUGAGGUUCACAGGCCCUUUCCACUCAGAUCUACAGUUGGCCUGCAUGGUUGGAUCAAUAGGAAUAGCCACCUCCAAGGCUAUGCCCAAGGUCACCACAGGGUUGCUUGUGAAGCACACUGAAUGUGCCGGGUCCUCCAGAAGCUGCUUGUGCAACCACUUACAAUGCCUGCUAUGAUUGACACCUUCAGUGCCUGUCUGGGGCCUGGUACUUCCCUUUCAGGGGGCUCCAGCUGAUUUCCAAAUGACUAAGGGCUUCUUUUCCAGGCUAGUGGAAGAAAAGCUUCUCUGCCCCUCUUGCCAGACAAGAAAACAACACCUCCCCAGCAGCCCUCAACUCUCAGGAGUUGUGUGUAAAUUCCACAAUUCCCACACGCUCCGGCCCUCCAGGGGGAAUAAUUCUGAAGCAUGUGUUCUAUGCUGUUCUAUGAGGAGCUGCACAGCAUGAUGAGGAUCCAGUCACCCACAGUGGUAGCAGCCUGGGUAAUCUACUCCUCACCCAUCCCAAUUCCCCACACCCCUAUGCCUAGCAAAUCAAUGACUUGCACCAAAAUACUUGCUUCGGAUCAGCUUCUUGGGGAAUCCAAACUAAGACAUGUACCAUGUGCUAGGCACUUCCUACACAGUAUUUAUAAAACUGGCUUAGAAGCAGAGAAAUAACAGUGUCCUUGAGAGUUAAAAGUCAGUAAGACUUGGAACAUACUUAUGCAAUGUCACCUUUAAGAGAAAAGAGGCUCCCAGCCCAUGAGGUGAACAAAUUAAAAUAUCCACCACCAGAAUGUGGAAACACCCAAAAAAAGGGGUGGGGUAAUUCACAGGGGCAAAUGUGGGCAGGGCUGGUGGGAAAGGAAUAUGGUCACCAGACUCACUGUGGGGUAUCUGGUCUCCCCGGUGACCACGUUCCUUCCUGAGAACGUAGAUCCUUCAGGCCCUGUCAACUUGUGCCCUUGGCCACUGGGAUCAUGCCAUCUACUGUGUUUCCUUGUUCUGACCCAUGCUCUUAUAGCCACCCGCACCUGCUCACAUAGAGAGCACAUGAACACAUGCUGCUUAGUCCCUGGGAAGUUGGUUCUGGCUGUAGAUGAACCAACCAACACCCGCUCUGGAGCGCAGCCUUGUGAGGUUCUUCCUGUGACUGUUUCUAGCCAAUGGACCCAUUUUCAGAAAUCAGGACAAAGCCAGCCUCAGGACUGUGGUGAGUUCGUUGAAGUGGCAUCACUACGUAAGGCAUUGAGGGGCCUCCUUUUCUUUUCUUUUUUUUUUUUUUGAGAUGGAGUCUCGUCGCCCAGGCUGGGGUGCAAUGGCGUGGUUUCAGCUCACUGCAAUCUCCGCCUCCCGGGUUCAAGCAAUUCUCCUGCCUCAGCCUCCUGAGUAGCUGGGACUACAGGCACAUGCCACCACGCCCAGCUAAUUUUUGUAUUUUUAGUAGGGAUGGGGUUUCACCAUGUUGGCCUGGCUGGUCUCAAACUCCUGACCUCAUGAUGUGCCCACCUUGGCCUCCCAAAGUUCUGGGAUUACAGGCAUGAGCCAUUGCACCCAGCCGAGGGGCCCUAUUUUCAAGGUUCCAUUAGCAGCAAGUGGCAAACCCAGGUCAGACAUAAAUUAAAAAGGAGUUAUUGCCAGCACUAGGCUAUUCCCUGGAGCCUUGGGGCAGGACCACAGCAAGGACUUGGAGAAGGAAAGUAUUAAGAACUCUGUCUUGCUGCAUAGCAGACCACUACAAAACUUAGUGGGUUAGCAUGACAACAAUCAUUUAUUUUGCCCACAAAUCUGCAGUUUGGGUGGGGCAAGGUAGGCUCAUUUCUCUUCAAGCCUUUCCAACCUAGGACCACGGUGCUUCACACAAGCCACACAACUGGCUACUGCUGUGGGGUGGCUCAGCUGGAGCUGGGCUUUGCUUGCAGCACAGCACUGGACUCCAGGCACAUGUAUAGCUAGAGAGCAGCACCAGCCGUAUCUCCUUUUACAGGCCAACCUUGGCAGACAUGUAACACCAUUUAGCCUGAGCUCACACAGUCACAAAGGCCUGCCUGAUCAAGGGAAGGACUCAACACCAUCUCCUGAUGGGGGGUGGCAAGGUAAGGUUCCAGAUGAGGACAUGGGACCAGAAAUUUAUUUUAUGUCCAUUUUCAGAAAAUGUAAUCCAUCAUAGUAAGGAAUCAAGGCAACCACUCUCCAUAGCUCGUGUGUAUGCAUGUGUACAUGUAAGUGUGCAUAUGAGUGUCCAUGUGUGCAUGUGUGUGUGCAUACAUGUCUUGCUCCAGUUCUCUCCUCUCUCUGGUCACAUGACGUUGACCUCUGCUUCAUCCUCUGUCUGUGCUCAUGGCCUCAGUUAUUCCUGCCUUCUCAGAAUCCCCCCUCCUUCCUUUGGGAACAGCUCCUCCACACUACUUCUUUUGAGAAACUUCCUCCCCAGGUGUUUUUGGCAGGACUGUCCCUCAGGCCACCCAUCCCUCCUGGGCAGCAGAGGGGUGGCACAUGACUGAAGUUGGGCCAAUCCAACUCUCUCCUGAGAAUCUGACUUUAGUGGAGAAUCCCAGGUGCUAGACACUGGUCACAGCUCUGUCAGUCCAACUCAGCCCCUGAGGCAUCCACUGCCCAGUUCUUGCUCCCAGACUAAAAGAGCCACCUUAACAGUGCCUUCUGUAGACUCUGCAAACAUCCUGCAGUCUUCCAUUAAAUACUGAUAAAUAUGCGUAUUUAGUUCCAAUUCCACAUACAGGCUUUGCAGCCGUCUGACCUCUCCCACAAUUCCAGAUGGCUGGUGGCUGAGCUGGGAAGAGGGCUGAGAUUCAAACCAGAAAUGAUCCGUACAACCUUCUCAGACAAAUGGCAUCACUGCGGGCUGGGCAAAUGCUCCAGAUGGUGCCUCCUUUAUACACUGCCAUUUAAUGUCUACAGUGUCCACACCCCCAUUUUACAGAGGCAGUAACUGAAGGACAGAGAAGGCAGAGCUCAGAUUUCACAAAACACUGUCUAACCCCAUAGGGUUUGCUCCUUCGGUAAACCUCAGAAUCUCCUCAAAAGUCAGGUCCCCAACUGCCCUCCUGGAAAAGCAGCCCCAGCUCACUUUGAACUGGCAGUGGCUCAGAUGAUCCUGCUAAGGCUGAGAGACAGAAAAAAAAGUGUUUUUGGUGGCAGUACAUUAGAGUCACAACUGCUUUGCUGUCACCGUAGAUUGACUGGCUCCAAGUCAUGCAGCCUCUCAUGGCAAAUACUGUUAAGAUCCUGCGCCAGAGAACAACAUUGACAAUGAGGGAAAAGAUCAAUUCUGUGUUUACAGACUUAAAGAUCCUUAAGUCAAGCCUGUCAUCAGAGCUGCCAAGGACUCUGCCUGUGUGACCAGAUGUGCCCUUCCUCCCUGGACGGACUCCACGCUGCACAUGGGACCACUGGGCUCAUCUUCAGAAGGGCCCAUGCAAUUUGGUGACAAAUCCCACCAAUUUGUCAAUACACUUCUUCCAAGUUUAAAUGCCAGUCAUUGGAGGGAUUGUUGGCAAAUAAGGAAGUUGCUGUAGAUGCAAAAUGUCAAAGCAUGAUUCUGCUUUCCUAACGCUUUCUGGAUGCUACUUCAUGCUCGGCCCCAUAUGAAGCACUUAGCAUGCAUUGUUUCAUUCGCUCCUCACGUCAGCCCGAGGAGAUGGAUAUGACCGUUGCCCCUAUUCUACAGAGGAGGCAGCUGAGCCUCAAAGAGGCUAACUCACUUGCCACAGCCACCCUGCUAAUGCUUAAGCCACACUAGUCAGGUUGCAAAUAACUUUAUAUUUAUGCCCAAUUUUAAAUAGUAUAAAAGAUAAAAGGAUUUCCUGGCUCUUGAAACUGAAAAGUCCAAACUUGAGGGAUGGCCAACAUAGUCACCAAGAGCCUGAUUUCUUCCCAGCUUUCCUGUCUGCCUCAUCAAGGGUCUACCACUCAGGGCAGCAAGAUGGCUGCAACAGUGCUAUCCACACACUGUGAGUCCAGAAGGAAAGGGAGAAAAAUCUCCUUCCCCAGAAUCCCUCAGCAAACACCUCCAGGCUCAGUGGCCCUAAUUGGGCCUCCGACCACCCUCAGCUGUGCUCAAUGCACACAGUGCCAGUCGUGUGUGUGUCCUGUGGAACCAGGGAUGUCUCUGACCUCCCCAAACUCUAGGAUCAUAGUAAGGGAGAAGACCACCCCUCAUAUUGUCUUAUGCCCAAUUUCUGCCUCCAAAGAAAAAAGUAGUAAAAACUAAAAGGCAGAAAUGAAAUCCACAAGCAGACAGCCUGGUGCCACACCUGGGCCUGGUAAAGAUUGACUCCUGACCUAAUUGGUUAUUUGCAUAAAAAAGGCACUGUGAAGAUCCCUGUCCUGUCCCGUUCUAAUUACCUGUGCAUGCAGCCCCAGUCACGUACCUACUGCUUGCUCAAUUGAUCAUGACCCUCUCACGAGGACCCUCUUAGAGUUCUGAGCCCUUAAAAGGGACAGGAAUUGCUCACUUGGGGAGCUCGGUUGUUGGAGACGUGAGUCUCCAGGCUGAAUAAAGCCCUUCCUUAACUUGGUUUCUGAGGGGUUUUGUCUGGGGCUUGUCCUGCUACAAUAGGGGGAAUAAAAGCCAGGGCUGCUUCCAAAGAGAGCAGGGAGUGAGUGUUGAGGACAGAUCAUCACAACUAUGCAGUUGAGGAGCAAUGAUUUGAACCCAGGCUUGUCUGUUCAUUCAAACAGUAUUUAUUGAGCCCCUGCUUUGGGUCAGGCAUAAUUUUAUAUGCUAGAGACACAAACCUAAAAGGACCCUAACCUAAAAGGCAGACCCCACAAACCUAAAAGGCAGAACAGCUGCCUCUCAAGGCUAAAGUCUCGCAUUUUUAAAGGGCCUUGGAGCUGCAUUAAUGUUCUUCUAACCAGCUUUUCUAGGUAUGAAUCGCCCCUGUGACACCAGGAUGGUUCUUUGUCAGCCUCCUUGUCUAUAAAAUCAGAAAUAAUGGUACCUCCCCCAAUAAGUUAUGUGAAAGAAAUUAAAGGGGCUUAUUAUAUAGGAAACAAAAGCAGAACAACAUCCAAACUACUGAGCAUGCAGUAAAUCAACUCAUUCCCACUUCCAUUCCAUCCACGCUGAUUUAGAUCAAUCCAAGUAUCACUGCCUUGGGGUUCAAAAAGCCAUUUUAGUUCAUAAAGCCCCGAAAAUGCUCCUUCACCCACUCUGCUCAGCCUCCAACGUGUCUGUUUAAUAAUCCAAACUUUCCACCUACUUAACUGAAGUGUGUGUGUGGGGGGGGGGGUGCGGGGGGAAGGGGUGGCCUAUACUAAAUAGCCCAACUGUUUUCAACUUAUCCUGAAAUCUGAGACCAAGAUUCUCUUAGGAAUGCAAGCAAAGGGAGCCGACGGGACGCCAAGAAAGCACAGGUUAAACUACCUCACUUCAUCUAGCCCCACUUCUCUCCUCGCUUUGCAAUUAAUUAUUCAGCCUCAGACCAGCAGAUGGAGCUGAAAAUGUUGUCUAAAGAAAUGAGGUUUUUCUUUUAAUUUACAAGCUAUAGUUUCUCAUGCUUCCACACUGAAUGGUUACAUCCUGUUGAGCCUGUUCGUAAAGUUCAGUAAAAAUCCAGUUCUCAUUAUAGAACAGCUGAAUCGUAGCUAGGGACGCGGAAGAACAGAAUCCCAAUCCCAGCCGGGCCCGGGUUUCCCGGGGCCCCUCAAGCCUCAAGGCAGUGGGGAACCGCCGUCACGCCCCCGCCUCACCCCCGUCCCACCCUCGCCCCAGUCUCCUCCCACUUUUAGCUACUUUUCCCAUCUGAUUAAAACUGGCUCCCUCCGUGUCCACCAGGACGUCGCCUCUAAGUGGCCUAAGCUCCUAAGGAGCGUGAUCGGCUCAGGCACUCCGCCACGCGGAUUCCACGGGGCGCGGCCCGCGUUGCCCUCGCCGUGGCCUCAAGCAUUGCGGCGCCUCACAUGUUGCCGGACGGAAGGCCUCGGCGGGGUCAGGCAGCUGCUGCUGGCCGUGACUACAUCAACUGGUGACGUUUCACGAGACUUUUAACUGAAAUCACUCCAAUACAGGCGCAUGCGGGACAAGGGGAAAGCAUCUCACCCGACCCCACAAACCUUCCCCUCCCUCUCCAGACAAGCGGCUUCCGCGCACCGGAAAAAAAAGCAGACGCCACUCCCAGCUCUAGGUGCGAGACCUGAGAGGUUUGGCCCAAUCAGGCAUCCCACCUAACCAGACGGGCCGGGUCUGUGACCCGGUUGGACCAACGAAAACUCUACGGCGGAUUUGCCGGGAUUUCUGGGAAAGUGACACUCCCGGAAGCUACCGCCUCUUAUAAGCCACACAUGGGCGGAGUUAGCCUUCCGGCUCGCAGUCCCACUGACUGACUUCGCUGCCCGUCACGGGAAUGGGGGAGAGGGCGGGGCCGGGGCGCUCGCGUCUGCGCGGAGCCCGGCUGGCCGCGCGCGGGAAGCCGCGGAACUGCGCCGCAAAGUCCCCCGGCUCUGGGGCCCCGGUGAUCCAGAGUAAGCCUCCAAGAAGGAAGAGGAGGGGAGAAAGGCGUCUCUUCCCGUGCCCCUACCCGAGGCUUCGGUGGACCCACCUUGUGACCUCCGCGGCCAGCCCCUCAGUGGAACUGCGGCCCGCGCGGGGGGCGUCCCGACCGUGGGGGCCGCGGCCCGCCUGACCCUGGACGUCGCCGCGCAGCCCCUGGUACCCCAAGGCAGAGGAAAUACCCUGGUGGAGCCCUCCUUCCAUAGAACCAGAGAUGGCAUCUGUGGAUUUCAAGACCUAUGUGGAUCAGGCCUGCAGAGCUGCUGAGGAGUUUGUCAAUGUCUACUACACCACCAUGGAUAAGCGGCGGCGUUUGCUGUCCCGCCUGUACAUGGGCACAGCUACCCUGGUCUGGAAUGGCAAUGCUGUUUCAGGACAAGAAUCCUUGAGUGAGUUUUUUGAAAUGUUGCCUUCCAGCGAGUUCCAAAUCAGCGUGGUAGACUGCCAGCCUGUUCAUGAUGAAGCCACACCGAGCCAGACCACGGUCCUUGUUGUGAUCUGUGGAUCAGUGAAGUUUGAGGGGAACAAACAACGGGACUUCAACCAGAACUUCAUCCUGACCGCCCAGGCCUCGCCCAGCAACACAGUGUGGAAAAUCGCAAGUGACUGCUUCCGCUUCCAGGACUGGGCCAGCUAGUGGGGGUGGCAGAGGUCUCUUUGCUUCAUUCAGCCCUAGCUCUGUAGAGAAAUGCAAACCUUGACUCUCAAGGAUGUGAGGAACACAAGUUCAUUUCUGUUGUUGCGGAGACACUGCAGACUCCACUGUGCUGAGGUUGAACUCUUUUUUUGUUGCUCAAGUUCUAGGAGUCCCUUUCCUGAAUAUAUACUUGUUUGUCAUAGUUUCCUUUUCAAAGUAGUAAACUUUUCUAUUUUUCUACUUGCCCAGUAGAGACUCUGAUUCUGGAAAUUCUGACAAAUAAUUUAAUAAUACACGUUUCUUCUUUC